UAUCUUGGACUUGACGUUGUGUGGUAAUCUGGCCUAUCUCGUUGACGUAAGAAUUCGUUGGGUUUAGUUGUAGAACUUAUCACUCAUAUGAUAAUAUUUACCUUGUUUCUCAACGAAGCGCGAGACUACGAUUCAUGAUGGCAUGCCCGUAGCUGAUUAUCUAAUUUGAAGACAAAUGGAGCUCGGGAUCACAUCACGUUCCAUUAUUAUGAUCCGCUCUUCCUUCACUCCCGCCACUCACUCACUUGUUUUCGGGCUCGCUCAUCGCAUCAUUUCAAGUUACCGCCAUCAGAAACAAAAUAAACGAGAAAAGAGACCAGAGUCGUUUGGAUCAUCUUGGAACCGAGCACCUCACUUAACUGCACUGAGACCAUUUGCCUCUAGCAUAAUACGAAACGAACAUUAGUGAUUCCGUGAGCUUCUUUCGGUCUGAAUGACCCAGGACGGAGGCAUCAUUGAAUAAUUAUUGAAAGCCCACAGCAUGCGCCAUCCAAAUCGGUGCUUUUUUUUGAAGAGUGACAGUACGCUGGAGAGGUUUUCAUGAUUCAUGAAGAACCAUCGACCAGCAAUCAACCCACUAUCUGUGUGUGAGAUAUGAAUCAAUGGUGCGCUUCCAGUGCCCUAUGUGUGUGUGUUUUUUAGAGUACGCCAGAGCUUGGUAAUUUGGAAAAUGCUACCCACGUCUUAUCGUAUCCCAGAAACUUACAGGGAGAGGAUAAGCUAAAGGGACAUGAAAAAGGUCGCCAGAGCUCCUCCGUACAUUGUAGGAUAUUGUGUGCCAAGCCUCCCAGCUAUCGCAGUCGCCACCGUACAUUAGGAUAGGGUACGACCCAUAAGCUGACGGUUGCACUGUUCCUGGCUAUUCCACGACAACAUAAGUGGAUCAAACCCCAAGACUUGGCUCAGUCAUUGGCUCUUUCUUGUACGCCAAACCUGGGAUACAUUCCGCUGUGGCUUCAGAACAAAAACCGAGGCUUUUUUUACUCUGUGCUAUAGUAUUUGAUGCGCCCAAUAAGAUGGACCGCUCAAGCACUGAAGGUGAAAAAGAGGUUGGAACCGUGAAGGAUCCUAGUGACCUGAACAUUCCAAAGUGGUCGAGCGUGUGAAUAUGUGAUUUCAUCCAUCAAGCACAGUCACGACAUUCUCACAUAGUAUAAUUGAAAGUGGCUAAGGGCAAAUUUGAUCCUGAAGAUCUAACUAAAGGACCACCUGGAACCGACAGUCCCACAUUUUUUCUUCUCAUUCCGUGCGAGCGAGUGACUCGUACUCAACGGACGUCAGAAACAGAAGGAGGUAUUCAGGACUAAGAAAACCAUCAUGUCCACCACAGUUGCCGCCUGGCUCACAUCCACCGCGUCAUUGGGCCCCACUGUGGAUGUGGAGGGCCCCAAUGGUUCCACCAAUUUCGAAAUGGACACGAGUAAUCAAACCAGUUUCGCUGGCUUAGACUUGCCGCUGGAGGGCUCACUCUUGUCAGAUCUAUUGGAUAUCGGAUAUGAGGCUCGGGAGGUGUAUUUGCUCAAUCAACCCCUACAAUGUCUGACUAUCGUGGUGAUCAUUUGUCUUGGCGUGUUCUUCAACGUAUUGGUGAUCCACAACAUUUGCUCGAACGAUCUGAAAAUGCGCUCAGUCAACUUCCUUCUGAUCAAGAAUCUCUGUAUUGCGGACCUGGUGGGGGUGUGUAUGGUCUUACCUAUGCCUUUGGUUGUGACGGCCAAGGGGAUUUGGGACUUUGGUCCGGCCAUUUGUACCGCCAAUAGCAUCAUCAACAUUACGCUUUGGCUUCAGCACAUUAUUAUGUUUGGCAUGCUCAAAGUGGACCGGGUCAUGGCGUCGUGUUUGCCCAUUGGGAAAUACCCAUUGCUCUCGGUCGAGGUAGUGACAGUGAUCAUCAUUUGCACAUGGCUCUUCUCCAUUUCUAUGGCUAGUUUGGUGUCGUUUCUGUUCAAGACCUCAUACGAACCGGCCGUGGUUCUCUGCAUUCCGGAGCUACCCAUCGAAUUCUUCCUCACCGUUUUCAGCGUGUACUGUUUGGUCCUGUUUGGCAUGGUCACCGGCUACAUAUUCGUUCUAAUCCAUCUGAAGAAAAAGCAAGCCCAAAUCACCAGUCAAAAUGGGGUUCGCGUGGUUGACUAUAAAGCACUGGAGCGAGCGGCACUGACCAGCUUUUUGAUCACCAUCAGUCACUUUUUGUUGUACGUGCCCACCAUGAUGGUGAUUGGUCUCCAUGGAUGGUUUCUCCAUCCGAUUGCCAUCCUCUUCUGUGAUAUGGUGGUCUACUCUGAAUUCCUGAUCCACCCCGUGGUCCUUUUUAUCACUUCCACCAAACUUCGCGGCGAGGUCAAAGGCACUUUGAAGAAAAUGGCCAAGGCCACUUUGCCUUGGGUGUGGAUGAUAGCUGGCGAGGCCUAUUGGCUUUACAAGACCUGGUGCCCAUGUCGGUGCACUGACAAGAACAAGGACCAAUUCUACAACGCUGUUCGCGAGCACCAAAUGGAAAAGAAGAAAAUGGGCUCACGACUUUCCAUCAAAGUGACCGGCGUGGAAGUCAAGACUUUGGCAACCACCACAGCCUCGGCCUUGGACUUGUAUCUACACGCCGAUAACAUUCUUCCGGACGGAGAGAGUGGUCGUAGCUACAGCAGUACAGAUUCAUGUCACGAGGAUGGGGGAAAUCCCCAUCAGGUAGAGAGACUGAAAAUCGUGGCCGAAGUGGAAACUUUCCAUAGUGAAGUUGUCCGCCAAGGACGCUCGAUCUCGCGAGAGAGCAGAGACUUUUCUACAUGGAACACACCUGGUUUCGGGGAGCAACCGACAACUGGGGCCAUGUCUUCGAUUGAGACCGCCGCUGACUCAGAGUCUGCAGAAUUUAAUGAAGCCUUCACCGCUGCGGUUCUAGUCACUCCCCAAACUCUGGGCAAUAAAACUAGGCCUUGCACAGCCCCCGCUGGGGGAGAAAGAACCAGAGCUGGGCGUUUGUACGAGAAGAGACGAAGCCUACAUAUACCUUUGUUCUCCACAUUGGAGGUCAACGGACAUCUCCCCGAGCUCGGAUCCCAGCAUUCCAGUACCCGGAGCUCUCAGAUCUCAAAUGAACGGCGAUACUCCAAUUCCGAUCUCGAGGACAUGGAGGACACUCCCUCCUCCAAGCUUGAUUGCUUCCGACGAUUGGCCAUGAUGGACGAGGGGGGCUUGUCCUCGAACCUGGGUUUGCUCAAGAAGCGUCGAAGUAGUAUCAGCUCUGAGGAGCUCCAAAAGCUCAUCUUGAACCAGAAGAUUCGAGGUGAGCAGAGCGCGAUAAAUCCUGAACUAAUGGCAUUAAACAUUGACGGACCUUCUCCUCAUCAACGAUCUCCAGCCCAAUCUGUGGUCCAAUUUCCUUCAGAUGUGAUCCUGGUGGAAGAAGUAUCGACAAAAGCCAAGAAUGAAAUAUUUAUCUAAGGCGUAAUUGGUUGUUUAAUACAAGUAGUUUUACAUGCUUAUGCCGCCCCUCCUCCUCUUCCUUCUCCACCUCCUCCUCCUCUUCCUUUUGCCUCCGCUCCGUCUCCCGCCUCCCUUCCAUCUUGUGAUAUUCAAGUGGUAAACAUAAAGGACACUUGAAAGGCC